AUGCUCCCUUCCCUCACCCUGUCGACGAUGUGUACCCUCAUCCAACUCGCUUGGGCAGGAUGGGUAUGCACAUGGACAACCCUACUCUUGUUUCUUUUGGCGAUUUUUAAUGCUUGUGCUAUUAUCAGUAGAUUCACAAGGAUUGCAGGGGAAACAUUUGGGAUGUUAAUUUCUGUACUUUUCAUUCAAGAGGCCAUCAAGGGACUGGUGAGUGAGUUCAAAGCUCUCAAAUCUGUUGAACCAAAUUCACCCAAAGAUCAAUUUCAGUGGCUUUACACUAAUGGAUUGCUUGGUAUUAUAUUUUAA